AUGGCACGGAACGGAGGGGGCGCAGUUUCGCUGACACCUGAGGGCAGGUACAUCGGUCUGGCACUAGCCAUGACAUCAAGUUUAGCCAUUGGUACUAGUUUCGUGAUCACCAAGAAAGGGUUAAUGCAUGCCGAGGAACGGCAUGGCUUCGAGGGCGAUGGAUUUGUCUACUUGCGCAGUCCCAUCUGGUGGGCGGGCAUCAUAUGCUUGGUUCUCGGAGAAAUCUUCAACUUUGCGGCCUACGCCUUCGCGCCCGCCAUCCUCGUCACGCCUCUCGGCGCGUUGUCCGUAUUGAUAGGAGCUGUGCUGGGUUCCUACAUCCUCAAAGAAGAGUUGGGGACUUUGGGCAAGCUGGGAAGCGCAAUUUGUCUGAUUGGGGCCGUCAUCAUUGUCUUGCACGCGCCCCCUGACGAGGAUAUCGAAACGGUCGACCAGAUUCUUAACUAUGCGAUUCAGCCAGGGUUCCUGUUGUACGCGAUUUCCGUCUGCGUCUUCGCGGGCGUCAUGAUUUACAAGGUUGCCCCGGUCUAUGGGAAGAAGAACCCCCUCAUCUACCUGAGCAUCUGCUCAACCGUCGGGUCGGUCUCAGUGAUGGCUGUCAAAGCGUUCGGCAUCGCACUGAAGUUGACCUUCGCGGGCCACAACCAGUUCUCGCACCCUUCGACCUAUGUCUUCAUGAUUAUCACCGUCGUCUGCAUCCUGACCCAGAUGAACUACUUCAACAAAGCGCUAAGCCAGUUCCCCACCAACAUUGUCAAUCCCCUCUACUAUGUCACCUUCACCACCGCCACGCUGUGCGCCUCAUUUAUCCUCUUCAAGGGCUUCAACACCACCGAAGCCGUCAACACGCUCUCCCUCAUCUGCGGCUUCCUCGUCACCUUCACGGGCGUCUAUCUUCUUAACCUCAGCCGUAGCGACCCUAACGGCACCAAGAUGCUUGCGCGGCGUAGCAACGGCGAUGCCACAGGCACCGACAUGAUCUCGAGCAUCCAGACGCGCAUGAGCAUGGAGGCGCGCCGGUCGCAGGGCGGCGGCAACCGCUCGAGCGACCGCGAGGGCCUGAUCCACGCCUACGACGAGGAGGCAGCCGGCGGUGGCUUCGGCCUGACCGACCUCGCCGAGGAUACCGACGAGGAGAGCUCCGACGACCCCCGCUCGCCCAUGAUCCCCAACUUCCAACCCCAGAGGUCUAACGGCUGUCCGCCAAACGGCGCCGGGGCGGCGCAUCUCGCUGUCAAGGGCGGGAAUAAUGGGUCGAUAGAGCUACAAAAUCGGAAGUCGGGGGAGAGGUGA